AAUUCUUCACUAUUCCCACGAUAGGCAAGUCUUUCCUGGGAGGCAUGUCUACUUCUCCUUCUCUGAACGACAUAUCACUCAAGCAAGAUUGUGUUUGUUAGGCAUUGUCGUUCCUUCAUAACUAAAACAAGACCCCAUCGACCGCUAGACUAUAUCAUACUGUUCCUAAAUGCCUAACGUGGCAGAAUCAGAUAGUGCUGGAAUGAAAACUUUCCUCCUCAAACGGUGAGAGUAUCAAACUAAACUCGAGAUCAAGAAAUGAAUAAUAUUGUACUCUUUGACAGGAGUAUAAGUAGCCAUGGCUUCCUCUGUCUUUUCAAGAGCUGCGUCAAUCCUUCCUUCAACAACAAUACGACGGCGUUUGCCUCUUGUCGGGGCGUUUUGCAUGAUAAGCUUAGGCCUCUCUAAUCUAUGCCCAACAAGUCUCUCUUCUUCUUCUCUCAAAACGGGUAGCGCUCCAUCUCUCCCCUUUAUUCCUCUCUUAAGAUCAAAGUUUGGCAGCAGCCAAGCAGCAGCAACACAAGCUACGAACAUCAGAAUGGAAGGGAAUUCCGACACCGUACCAAGUAUUGUUGUUUAUGUUACUGUCCCUAAUAGAGAAGCAGGAAAGAAAUUGGCUAGCAGCAUAGUCAAAGAGAAGCUGGCAGCGUGUGUAAACAUAGUACCAGGUAUUGAAUCGGUGUAUCAAUGGCAGGGAGAGAUUCAGUCAGAUGCUGAGGAACUGUUGAUUAUCAAGACCAGGCAAUCCUUGCUGGAAGCACUGACAGAGCAUGUCAAAGCAAACCAUGAAUAUGAGGUUCCAGAAGUAAUCUCCUUGCCCAUCACUGGUGGAAGCAUUCCAUACCUAAAAUGGCUCAAAGACAGCACAAGGGACUGACUCGUGUCAUCUGUAAAAUCUGAGCAUAUAAAAUCUCAGUGCUCGGGAUUGGCUUGCAUCACCAGUUGGGUUUGCACAUGUUGACGUUCUCUUCUCCUGUCAGUAGUUGGUUGCAUAUUGUUUUUAGCUGUAGUAAUUGGGACCUGUUAUUAUAUACCAAGGGCUCUCUUGAUGUUGUGUCGGCGACUUUGCAAGUAUGAUUAGCACGCAGUAUGUAUUUCAUGAGUGUUUGCUUGCUUUGUUAAACUAAGUCUUCUGCUGGUUUAUUGAGGUUGUAUUAUCCUCUGGGUGUCUUCUGCCGGCCUUGAGCAUGUGUGGUGGUGGUCAUUGGCUUGGCCGCCUCGUGAGAAAUUAUUUGCAUGUACUUUUGGUCACUUACGAUUUGGCAUUGA